CUCGAGAUCUCGCAAAACUUUCUCGAGAUCUCGCAAAACUAAUGCAAAAUUUUCUCGAGAUCUCGCAAAACUGUUUCUCGGGAUCUCGAGAUCUCGCAAACCUGUUUCUCGGGAUCUCGAGAUCUCGCAAAACUGUUUCUCGGGAUCUCGAGAUCUCGCAAAACUUUUGUACGUGCUUCGGUUUAAUAUAACAUCCCAGUUUGAAUAGGUGAGUCAUGGAGGAGGAUGUGUUGCAAUUCCUCAGGUCGAGAGCGGUCCCUCAGGAUGACAUUAUACGCAUGCAAAGAGACAAGGUUGAUAAGGCAGUGCUAUCCAUCAUGACUGAUGAACAAAUGGCCAGAUAUAUCUCUUCAUAUGGUGACCGGGUUGCUGUCCUGUCCUUCUGUCAACAAGCAAAGUGCAGUACUGACAAACACACUCUUUUACAGAAACUGCGAGAUAAAAUAGGAACACGCAAAAUGAAAUCAAAGGCAAAGGGAGCCAUGUGUGGUACAUCAUGUGUGUUCAAAAAACAAGGCGAAGGGAUGGCAAGACAUAGAAAUAAUGCAGGAGAAAGCACUUCAAGGAAGAUUGAAAUUGGAUGGCUUCAUUUCAGCAAUAAUGACUACCAACAAGUGAGAACCAGAAAAGGUGGUGGAACAAGACAUGCAACAGUUGAGAAAACAACAAAUAUUGCUCAGAUUUUGCAGAUGAGAAGGGAGCUUUUUUUUUCAAAUGGACUUUCAACAAAAGGUCGAGUGGAAGACUUUACCUUUCAUAUCUGUGAUUUUAAAAGACACCAGCUUCCCAUGGAUGACACUGUUGGCCACCUUUAUGAACAAACUAAACUGAAGUUGCUUCGAUUUUACAUUUGCACACGAGAACAAGCACCUUCAACAGAUGAAGAAUCACCUGAAGUGGAUCAAUGUACUGUAGAUUCCUUAUCUAAGGAUUCAUCUGUCAACAUCUCUGAGGGAGCAGAUCUACAGUUGACUAGCCAGGGAGCCCAUAGUGAUGUGGAUGAUUCAACCACAGAUCAACUGGAGCAUGGGCAUGCAUUUGACAGUGACACAAGCGAACAGGUUUGUGAUACUGAUAAAUAAAGCAGUGAGUGAUGAUGAUACAAGUAAUAAAAUGUAUCCCCUGUAUACU